AUGGCUACAAAGGCAGGUCAAUUACAUGAGCUUGACGAGCAGAAUGAUCGCAUGCUGAGGGAGCGCCAAGAGCGAGAAGGGGAUGAACAAGGGAGCCCAUUCCAACCCGGGCCAACGUGGAUUACCGGGGGUAAAGGCCAUCGCCUAAGCGCCACUGAAAUUGAAUACGUUGAGGAUCUACCUGAGUACCCCCAGACUAGCAAGGGUGGUUACGCCUAUAUUAUCCCCGCCGGGGAUCGGUCAGCUGCGCAGAUUCACACCUCGAUCUUAACAACAAUCCAAUACUCUUACCAUCAAGUCUACGCGAAUAAGCUGUUGGUUGAUGAGAGCCUUUGGGCGUCGCUCCAGGAUAUUCGGCAGAGUAUGCCCUUCCUUGAAGAUGACCAAGUCCGGAGAGAGACGUAUACAUACUUCUCGAGUACAUAUGCUCUCUUUCAGCGUGGUACCAGCUGCCGGCCUGGUUCACCUGAGUGUUACCCAAUUCUCACUCAAAGCCCAGAUGAAACACCGCUUGGUGGCUAUACCUACGCUGUGACCUGUUUUAUGGAGUUACAGUACCCUGGCUAUCACUAUCGCUCAGAUACAAUUCCCCAAGACGGGAGUAUUGAUAUUAAGUUCCUACGCCAGUUAUUGAACGGUGAGGUUCCUAGUCUUGUGGAGUCAUGCUGUGCGAUUGAAGGGACACUAAAGAGAAGUCCGCGUUGCGAUCUCCAUAAAAGCUUUGUCAAUACCGAUCGUCUCGGUGCUAUUAUCCGGAAGCAACGGCUACUCUCUUUUCCGCAGGGACAGAGCCUGAAUGGAGUGCUUUUUGAGCGGGAUAGGAAUUCGGAAAUGAAGGACUACAUACGCGAGAUCUUCAUAGACCCUGAUGGCCUUAUGAUAAUCUGCAUGUUUAAUGGACAAGCUAAUUUACUUGCUGAGGCCUGCUCAUAUGAAGUCGAUAUAUCCUAUAAGCGCGUGAGGGAUAAGGAUAUGAAGGAGGUUGUUUUUGCGGCCUUCUUCCCUCAAAUUGGAAGGGUCCGCACACUUUGUCGCGUCUUUACUACAUUUGACACAAGGCAAGGAUAUCAUCGCUUAUUCAAGCGUGUAUACCAGCUUCUUAACCGUAUUACUGGGUCUCGGCCUCCAAUACGCGUUAUUGAUGGCCGUGGCCUUGAUGUUGUGGUCGCCGAUAUGUGUGCAAAGCAAUACUUUGGAUUUGCCGAUUUCCUACAUGAUUACGACCCUGACCACCGUGAUGGUGAACAUUUAAUGCGUCAGAUAGCUAUCUUCUGCCAAAUUCACUUUACAAGAGGGGUUGAUGACGCCCUUCGACGUACUAGUGGAGGUCAGCCCGGUAUUCGCCAGCGAAUGCUAUCACUCCUAUUUGCUGAUGACCGGAAAGCGUAUAACGCAGUGAUUGACUUCAUAGAAGAAACCGAGGGAACCGAUUCCCCCCUUACUUCCUGGGCCGAGCAUAAGCGACAUGAGUGGGUUAUGUGUGGCCUAAAUCCUGCCUGUUCGACUAUACCACGCCCUUACUUUGAGUCUAUUCGCAAGCACACGAAUGCAGUAGAGCAGACCCAUCAUAAGUCAAACGUUCGUGGGACACAGCUUACCUUACUUGCAGCGAUCUUAAGUUCCCUUAAGCUCGAUCGUCAGGAUCUCCAAGAGUACCAGACUCACCACCAGUGGGCAAUUCUUCCUCAGUAUAGAGAUUCCUCGAGAGUGGCCUCUCUUACACGGCAUCUACAGAAGUCGCAGACGCGCCGCGCGAGUCGUAAUCUUACCCGGCAGGAUAGUGAGCCCUCUCUAGAGCAGCCGGUCUCGAUCGGUGUCCCGGCGCUCAACACCUUAUAA